AUGACCCCCGCCUCCAGCAGCGCCUGUUGCAGCGACAGCGACCGCGACCGCGACCGGGAGGCGAACGGCGCGGGCGGCGGCGCUGGCGGUGCGGAGGUGGGCGUGACGCGCUCCGACUCGGCGCGCACCGAGGCCAGCUGCAAGCUGCUCGACGAGAACAUGAGCCUGCUCACGCGCCUGCGCGCGCAGGAGCACAUCUGCAGGAAGAUCGAGAACGAACUCGAGGAUAUCGGUGACAAGAUAGACGAUGUCGCAAAGACCCACGAAGAGGAGCUCGACGCCGCGGCGGCGUCCGCCGCCCCGGGCAGCGGCGGCGCGUGGCCCGGCGACAGCGGCCGUCGCCCGCGACAGUUCCGCGAAGACGGAGGGGCCGCCUCUGAUGUGCGCCCAGACGCCCGAAAACAAACCGACACCCUCGUUCUUCCUCUCUGCGGCUGGCGCGGCGCCGGCGCCGGCCCGGUGGCGGGCGCGGGCCCCGACCCGGACCUCGACCCCGACGCCCUGCGCCACAUGCAGCGCCUGUCCUCGCAGCUGCUGCAGCUGAACAAUUAG